AUGCUUCAGCUAAUGGCGAAGAGCACCCAGCACGGCAUGGAGCGUGUAGCCCUGUCCAUCCCUAUCCGCGGCAACAACCAGGCCAAGGGAGAGGGCCGCGACCGCAACCCGGCAACUGAGGCACAAGGAGCGAUGCUUGCCGCGGAAGUGCCCGACGAGUGGGAGCUCCCCAAAUUGCGCGCGUCGUUCGGGUUCGAGGACGACCACCGCCUGCUAGACGACGACAGUCGUGAUCCAGGAGGCUCGCCUCACAUCUUUGCGGCUGUGGGCAAGAAGCAUGUGGUCAUCUGUCGCGUCACUCCCACCACGGAUAAGGAAACGAAUCCCUGCGAGAUCAUCAAAGUCAUCAGAGAUGACGAUCACGGAGUCGUGAAUUGCUCCUGCACCUGGACCAAAGAUGCCGUCACAGAGGCUCCAUACCUGGCCAUCAGUGGCAGGGACCGCAAGGUCAAAAUUUACAACGUUGUUAAAGGGAUUCUGUUCAAGACACUCGUUGGCCAUGGAGGUGAAAUCAACGAUCUCGCUACUUCGCCCGACAAUCCUUUGAUCAUAGCAUCAGCCUCGGACGAUACCACCGUCCGCAUCUGGAGUCUUGAUCCCGUUCAUGCGAAGCAGCCCUGUGUGUGUAUUCUUGGAGGCGAGGGCCACUCCUGGAAUCUCCUGAGUGUGGUCAGAUGUUCCAAGGCAUUUCACCAAACCGGCAGAUAUGUGCUGUCCGCUGGCCAUGACACCACCGUUAAUCUGUGGACUCUGCCGGAUCUCCCCAAAGGCCAUGUCGACCAGCCGAUUGUUAAUUACUACCCGCACUUUUCGACAUCAGAGCUGCACACCGGAUUGGUUGACUGUGUUGCUUUCUACGGAGACAUGAUCCUCUCAAAGGCCUGCCACGAAGACACCAUCGUCCUCUGGCGGGUCGAGGGCUUCAGCUCCCACGACCCGCCGCCGCCGGCCUCGGACGCGCCUACGAAUCACGACCCGGCCAAGCUCACGCGGUCGUCGUUUGUGCCGCCGUCGGCCAGCCCGCACACGUGCGCGGCCGCGUACACGCGCCUGCUCAAGUUCUCCAUCAAGGGCUGCGGGCACCAGUUCUUUAUGCGCUUCAGCAUGCUGCAGACGCGGGGGAUGCACCCCAUCCUCGCCUUCUGCGACACGGCCGCCAAGAUCAUCGCGGGGGCCGGCACCGAGAGGGAGCUGCGCCGCGAGACUUCGAGGGCCACGUCGACGCCCGACGCCGAGGCCUCAGCAACAGCAGCAGCCGCCGCCCCCGCCCCCGCCGUCGCAACCCCCUCGGAGCCGGCCGAUCCCCUCGACGCGUUCGGCCCCAAGGACGCCCGGGCCGAGCAGUGGGAGUCGCGCUACGACGUCAGCGACCCGCAGGCCGUCAUCAGGCCCCACCGCAUCGAGCAGAUGAGCAAGUCCGGGUUCCUGGGCCGCCAGGUGGCGUGGAGCGUCGACGGCGCCUGGUGCGUCGUCGUGGGGAGCGGCAACCUCGCCCUGAUCUUGCAGCGGUGGCACGGCGGCGAGUCGACGCCCGCUCCGGAUCGCCGCGGUACCCCUCACGCCUCCUAGAAGCAGAAGUGACUGGCCAUGCAUGGGUGGGAUGCCGUUUUCAUUCGACAACUGCUUACGCUAGAAUAUUCGUUUCGUCCUUGUUUUGCAUUGCGAGUCUGUCUCGAUAGAUAGAUAGAUACCUCGGGCGGUCCAAAUUAGACAGAAUACCUAGUUCCUUAGCGGCCUCUAAUGGGUAACGAAGAAGAGAGGGCUCCCAGGUUAAUGAUGCUGC